CGACGACGACUCAUCUUUGCACUCUACGCAGCGUGAACAACCUUUCUAUGAUCCAUUCCAUUCACAACUCCUGACUAUAUGGAGGACAAACCUCUCCCAGUCAUUCCUUCUCCUUUCAAUUCUCAAUUUCUCGAUCCACCUUCAGUUUCGAAUAAUAAACCUCAUAAAGUCAGGAGAGAAUCACCCAACACCAACAAGUUGGCCAACCUCUGUGUGCAGGCCCGGCAGCAUCGCGCCAGGUUUAUUCGUUUCGUCUUGGAUGAGGUCAGCCAGGAUCCAGAGGUCCUUGUCGAUGUUGGCGUUAACGAAUGGAUUGACCGAAACAAGGAGGAACUUGUAUGGUCUAUCGAAGACGCUCUCGAUGGCCUUGGGAGGUCUAUCGGUCAAGGAGGAUGGCUUGUUGGUAUUCGAAGAGCAAGGGACUCACUUGAAUACUUAAUCUCCGAUAGUGGUGGCAACGAUUCGAAUAUGAAGAUCCGUCAACUUCGUGAACUCGCUGCACAUCAAUUACCCCCGACACCAUUACCGACGUCUAAACAUCUACUGCUCUCCUUUGCACCAGUGGGAUCCCGCGUUGCUCUUCCAGAGGAAGACGCUGGAUUUGACAUCAUACCUUCGCAAAUACGAUGCUCCUUCACACCAGGUGUAUUCGUUUUUCCAGAUCUGGAUCAAGGCAACAUUCUUCUGUAUGGCUACGAUGAAUGGUCGUCUGCAUUAUCUUCCUCUCCAACCCUUCCAAGAUUAGUUGGCGGCACCUUCCAAUUUUCCGGUGUACCAGGCUCUCCCGCACUCCACACCGCUCUGGGAAAACUACUCAAACUCGCCAUUUACCAACAUAUAUCUCUGCUCCUCGAACAACACCUCCUGUCCGAUUCGCGGUUAGCGUUGACAUUCCCCUCGCCGUCUUUGAUUUCGGCCUCUCGGCAAAACCGGAACACUACCACUCCUAGAAAUCGAGUGUCAAGCCAUGGAGCUACGACGGAUCGAUACCGUAGUCAACUUUCGGAAGCAGGCGAUGCCAAGCACUGGUAUAGCUCGGAUCUCAGUGAACGGAAACACUUGCAAUCAAAGGGACACUCGAGUAAACCGUCUCUUAUCCCGAACGGGAUCUUGUCGUUCUUUUCAAAACGGAGCUCGCCACGCACGAGUGGAAGUCAAGGGUCAGAGUUACCAGUAAAUUCUGUUCGGGGAGAGUCAUUAGAUCUUCGUGGUUCGUCGAAUAACUCUUAUUCGGAACUUGCACAUGCUAGAUCUUCGAUGGAUACUUCCUCUGUUUCUUCUUCCUCUCCUAGUGGUGGUGCAACUACGGCCACUCCUAGCAAUCUAGGUGGACGAAUCAGACGGUUUUCGUUUGGAGGGUCUACUCUUGCGUCGAGUCCUACAAGUACAGCCAGCCAAAGUCCUUCACCGUCAUCAAUAACGACGUCCAAAUCAACGACACCGACGAAACAUUUCCCGUUUACGAAUCUUGUGAACCGGCUAUCUGAAACAAAAGAUAUGUUUUCUACGUCACCUGGGGUCGGAGAGAAUAUAGAGCUGCCAGAGUUGUUGGUGAGACUUGCCAAGAGAGAACGGGAGAUGUUGUCUGUGGGGAGGGUGAGAGGGGAUGAGAGGGUGGCGUUGAAGGAGUUGAUAGGGUGGAGUACCAGUGCGAGUGCGGGUGGUGAGGAACGUGAGGAGGUUGGGGGAAAUGGAGGUCAUCAAAAUCAUCUUCAAGGUUUAGGAUUAGGUGUUGGGAUGGUGGGAAUCAAAGGAUUUUUGAGGCAUCAGGCGAUAUCAACGCUGGUUUCGAUACAUGUACCGGUUGAGGAAGGAUCGGUGGCUUCUUCGAUGGGUUCAGCUUCUACGGACGAAGGAGAGUCGGACGAUCUGAGUGAGGGUGAGGGCGAUGAAGAUCCUUCAGAGACAUCUUCCGAAGGUCAGCACUCGCGAGAAGAUGGGACGGUGGAUGAAAGGACCAAAGCGGUACGAGAACAACAACAGACAUCGUCAGCGUCUGAGGCGUUGUCCAGUGCCAGCUCGAUAUCCAGUCUUCCACAGUCCAUGAAGAAGGUGCGACGUCGAAAGCGAAAGGCGAGACAGAAGUUUAUGCCUUGUAUGAACUAUCAAGCGCCAAGAUGGGAGACGUUCUUGUUUAGAAAAACGCGGAUGGAUGGGGGUGAUGGUGCUUCGAAUGGGGUGUGUUUGGGAGAAAUGAUUCAAGGUUGGCUUAAUGGUGCUGAGGAACCUUGUUCCGUUGGGUUGAAUAUGUGUGGGAAGGUGGCACGGAAGAAUGAUGAGGAUCUUGGUGAACGGAAUGUGUCCGGUGGUGAAGGGACAAGGGAGAAAGGAGCGGAACAACAACAACAACAACGAAGUUCAGAUGGGAAGAUGAAAGAGGAAGGAGAGAAGGAUGACCAUCACGCACACGCUACGGAGUCCGCUGCAGCUACUAAGAAGGCUGGUACAACAAGGACAGGUGGCCUAGGACAAAACCCCAAGACUGGUUCGUGCAAAGUGAAACGAGGCAAACACGAAAUACGUUUCAUGCAUGGGGGUGUAAGGGUGACUGUCGUCGUGUCGGAACUCGAUCCCAUAAAAAGAAGGAGGAAAGAGGGGGGCGGGAAGUCGAAUUCGAUUAUCGGUUUGGCUCCUCCCUCUGUCGAUUCGAAUUCAGGGAGUAGAAACUCGACGGCAUCGCCCACCUCACCCCAGUUCCCGUCGAUUGUGAAAGCGAAGAGUGAUACGAAUGUGGUUGGAGAGAGCAGGAAAGAUAAGAAGAGUUCUGGUGAAAAUGACAGUGAGAUUGAGAUAUGGACGAGUUGUGGAGUUUGUGAAAGUGAUGAUUGGGCACAGGGAAGGCUUCCGAUGAGUGAUGGAACUUUCUUACUACCGUUUGGGAAGUUUCUCGAAUUGUUGAUAUAUUCGCCAUCACUCUCAAAGAUAGACACGCCCUUGUGCGAUCACGUUCGACCUUCUACUUCCGAUGCUCUCAAUAGAAACGUACCUUCGCCUUCAGCCUUUUCGCCUCCAGGCUCUGCGAUUAGCUCGAGUCCUCUCGAUAGCGUAGGGCCUGCUUCAGUUUUAACGACUCCCACAUCAGUAGGACGGCCGUAUGUUCGUGGUUUGGGUUGGCCGAGUGUUGGAAUGGUGAAAAAAUCGAGUUCCUUAAGGAACUCUCCCCGUUCUUCUUCGAAGGAGCAGAAUGUUGCAGAGUCGGAGGAUAUCACUCCUACACCCUCCCGUAUCGUAUCUCGGGGUUUCCCACGUCUGGAAGAGCAGUCAACAGCGGGAAAUGCUGGACGGAAGGUGGAUGACAAAACAGUGAAUGAGGGGAUGGAGAAGUUACCGGAUAUGCGAUUCAAUAUCGUGCGUCACUUCUCAAACCGAACGCAUACGGUAUCCUUUUUUGUCGAUAAGAUCGAUGAGGUAUUUGAGUUGAGAGUUCCCAGAGUGCAGGUCAUCCGCGGAAUCUCCGUACUUGGACCGCAUCACACACAGGAAGGGACUGCGAGUACCACGGGAGGUGUGAACGACGAGAUUGAGCACGAGGAUGAGGUAGAGAAGAAGAAGUUGAGGAGGGAAAUCAAGGUCUGGUGGGAAGGAGUCGCUGACCAUGUUGAUAUGCUGGAGAGUAGACUGGCUACAGAGUCUCAAGACUCGUAUAACAGCUCAAGGAAGUCUCUUCCUCGGCUUCCGUCGUCGGACGACGCCUACAACGAUUUUGACGAAGUCCAGGUUCCAACUGCGAUGCCUACUCCGAAACGUGACGGUCUACCAGGAAGUCCCAUAACACCGACAGGAAAACCGGCAUACUUCUCCGGUAGUGCUGAAAAUAAGUCUGUCGAAACGGAAGAUGUCGUCACACCCAAAGGAACGCCGAAACAGACAAGACCGGCUUUGCCAUCAAUGCCGAGCAAGGACUCCAUAGCUUCCGAGGCAUCACUCUCUUCAUCUUCGAUUACUUCUGUUCCUUCCUCGUCGUCAUCUACAGAAGAAAGCAUCAAAGACCCCACAUUACUCCUGUCCAAUCUUAGACAGACAUUCCAUCGAACCGAGCAGUCCUUAUAUACGCAGCUUUCGAAAACACCAACUGGAUCUUUAAAUGAGGUGAGACGAGCGUUUUUGAGUGCUGCGAAAGGUGUGGAGAGACGGUUAGGAGCAUGGCAGAAGAAACACACGGGAUUGGGAUUGAAAGUUGUCAAUGUCAAGGCGGGAAAAGACAAGGGCGGUCAGAACGAGACGGCGAAAAGAGACAGAGAGAUGGUGAAGUCUAGAAAAGACCAGAACAAGCUUUCUUUAUGUGUAAGGGAGCCAGAAUGGUGGGAUAAGUCCUGUCAUGUCGUCCCAGGAGGUAACAUCAUUGUACGGGAAGACGAUUGGGGAAGUAUUAUUGCGUUCACGCUCAGUACAGAUGCAUAUAGACAGGAGCUUGGGGCGAUGUCUGGUGUUGGCUCACGACCUAUCACUCUCACUUCAGGUUCCUCACUUCCGUCGCCUGCUCCGGGAAGCAGACCAGGAUCGCCUUCGACGUCUUCCUCAUUCUUCUCAACAACUGGAUAUCGCUUGUUCCGUUCUUCAGCCCUCUCCCAACCGGAUCCAGAUCAGGAGGAUGUCAUUUGGCAUGAACCAGAGGCAUAUUCUGCUGUGAUAAGCAGGAAAGAACACCCGAAAGAUGCGACAGGGUUGUUGUCGAUCAGGGAAGUACUGAGGCAGAAGGCUCCUGGUAUCCCGGAGGUCGGCCCUACGUCGAUAGGCGGUAUUCUGAGUGGAUCCCGUAUUGCAACAUUGGGAAGGGAAGGGAGUCGGUUGUUAAGCAGCGCCUUGCAAGGCUCUUAUGGAAGUGAUAGUCGGCCAAGUAUUACCUCUGCGCCACCUUCCGCGUGGGCGAAACCUGAGGUUCAAAUUAGUAAGGAGGCUGCUGGAGGCGAGGUUGUGAGUGGUUUACCCACGGGCGAUACAUCUGCAACAGACAGAAUUCUGCAAGAACUAGAUGCUGUUACGUCUUCCAGGACGACUUCUCGGCCGAACUCUUCUAUGUCGUCGCGCUCCAUUGAGCCUUGGAUGUCGAAUUCGUUUGAGGACGCCCAUAUCAAGCGUGGUAAAGCAUCUUCGAUCAUUUCGGUCGAGAGCAACUCUACCGUGGGGCGGGAUGAUUUUUCUGUCAUGGAAGGAAGUGAUACAGGGAGACUCAGUUUGGCCUCCGCCGUUGCAACUAAAGGAAGCUACCUACCCCCACCACCAGUCCCAAUGAAAGAAGCUGCCCUCACAUCUUCUACUGCGGUUCCCCCCUCAUCGUUUUCGACAUAUACCAGCGGUUUGACUACGGCCAUGCGCGCUAUGCUGAGAAGCGCCCCAGACGCUAUCUCUCGCCCUCUAUCGCCUGCAUCGAUGUCGUCAAAUAGGCAUCACGGGUUACUCUCUGCAGAGAUUGCACCGAUUGACGAGCGUCCGCAUAUCAAGUACGAUUGGACAGUGGGCAAAAGACUCAAGUUUAGUUGUACUGUAUACUACGCCAAGCAAUUCGAUAUCCUCAGGAAGAGGUGUGGUGUGGACGAUGUUUUCUUGAAGAGUCUGUCGAAAAGCCAGAAUUGGUCUGCUGAAGGAGGCAAGAGCAAGUCGAACUUUUGGAAGACUUUCGAUGACAGAUUCAUAAUCAAGACACUAGUCAACGCGUGGAACGUAGCUGACCUUCAAGUACUCAUUGAUUUGGCACCAUCUUAUUUCCGAUAUUUGGAUUCGACGGCCUGCAAAGCUACCGUGCUCGCCAAACUCGUUGGCUUCUACACGAUCGAGAUCCGGAAUCUGGAGACAGGAAACGUUCAGUCCAAGGCUGACUUGCUUGUCAUGGAAAAUCUGUUCUACAAUCAGACUAUCGAUAAGACUUUCGACCUCAAAGGGAUUCAAGGGCGCAAAGUCAAACCCGGUACUGGCUCCUCGAAGACUUUGUUCGACGGGGAGUGGAUAGAAGGUCAACAACAGACACUAACGCUUGUUCGGCCCCACUCGAAACUGGUAUUGAGAGAAGCUAUCCGGAGUGAUGCAGAUUUUCUUGCGAGGAGUAAUAUCAUGGAUUAUUCGCUACUGCUCGGGGUGGAUACCAAAAAUAAAGAAAUCGCUUGCGGACUUGUGGAUACGAUAGGUAGCUACACAUUUGCGAAGACGCUAGAGUAUAAAGCCAAACAAGGUUUGGGUGCAGGAGGAAAGGAAGUCACAGUCAUUCCUCCUGCUGAAUAUCAGGAACGAUUCGUGUCUGCGCUCGAAAGAUACUUCCUAGCCUGUCCUGACAAAUGGUCGAAGCCUUUAGAGCCAGAAAACAAGAUCAUCAAUGACCUCGACGCACUAUUGAGUGUUUUGUAAAGACGCUCGUUUUUUUUUCAACAUCAUAGAUUAUGAUCUUCGGUAAUCACGAUGCAUAGUGACAUUGGACUGCUCAUGGACAGUUUCUGUAAAAUAAAGUAAAAUGCACUGUAAUAUCUCAUCAUCAUAAUGUCCAUAGCCAUAAUACACGCCUUCCUAGUCAGGCCAGACCUUCUAGUAGAGUGGC